AUGUAGGUGAGUAAGUGGCAUCUUUAUUAGCACAUAGCAAGCAAGCAAGUGAGAGCCUGUGGGAAUUAAAGAGCCUUGAAAUUCACAAACAUAUACACCAAAAACCAGCAAAACACACACAAAGAACCCAUCUUUUUUCAAGAGAAGCCAACACCCAGUUACCAAAAUUUCUCAUUCUCUGUCAAGAAAAUAAAGAAUUAUAGAAUGGGUGGCGAAAGAAAAAAGAUUUUGAUGGGUUUGGUAGUGGCAAUGUUUCUUGGAAUUGCUGUUUACUUCAGGCUUUGGUCUAUCGAUUAUGCCAUUUCUUCUGAUGACACCGAGUUAUUAAGAAGACAGUUUGAUCUAGCAAACAGGGAUGCAAUGGAUGAAUCUGCCGAGUGGAGAAUGAAAUACGAUGAAGAAGCAGAGAGGGCUGCCAAGUGCGACAAGGAACUGAUAGAGAUUAAACAGAAGGUGGAGGAUGCUGCUAAUAUUAACCAACAACUGGUAAUGCUACAAAAAGAAAACCUGGCCUUGGCCGGACGGAUGGAGUCAUUGAAAAAGGAGUUGGAGGCCGCAAAGUUAAAGUGUCGCUCAUUAUAGAUAAGUUUAUUGAACAGGCUUCUACCUUCAUAUCUUGUGAAUAUGCACUUCUUAUAGCUUGUUUAGAGAAACACAUCUUGACAUAAAAUUUACGAGCAUUGCAAUUUUUAAUGAGUUCAUCUGAGAAAAAAAUGUCUCCCAAUAUGAUAUCUUGCUUUCUCCUCAAAUCUAUUUACAUUCUAAUGA